AUCUUCGAUUGCGUUCGGAUCACCGUGGCGGGGAUAGUAUUUCAUUUAACGCGCGAACGCCGAUGCAUUUCUCUCGGGAACUUGCGACUUUCAUCCUCUGGGAUAUUUUUCCCCGCGCAGAAAGAGAAAGGGAGGGGGAAGGGUUGGAAAGGCACCCUGUAUCGAGCGAUGCCAUCAGGUCGCGACUAUUUGAUAUACGUCGCCGUGUCUAGAAGUCCUGGUCGCAAAAUCGCUACAAACUAUGUAGUUCCGACUAUCGUCCCUCAAUCCCCCUCUAUUCCUUGCAUCCGUCUUUUGUCGCGAACGAUAAGCGAGAUCAAAUUAAAUCGGUAUUCAACGGUAUCUCGCUCGACGAAGUCUUCAUUUAUCAACGGAGCAUUCAAAGGUCUUUUUAAUUAUAUCAGCCCGUUUCUCGGACCUUUACGUUUCCUUGCAUAAGGUAAUUUUGCACGCGUACACGAAGAACGUUCUUCGUCCAUAGAAUAUCUCUGGACCAGUUUAUCGGUGCUGCUUUCAUGAAAUUCUAAGAUUUAUUCCAACAGUUCCUUACCAGCUUUUCAUGCAGCUGCUCGAAAGCUUUAAAUUUUUUAUAAAAUUCUUUUACGCGAGGAACAGAUCAUAGCGGAGAUGAGCAAUAUUUCGACGAAAAACAAAACUAACUCGUACGCAAACACCCUUCUGGAAUUAUAGAGAUGUUCGAGUUGGAUGUCUGACGUGUGCGUGAAACAUCUGAUCUCAAUUGAUUCGUUACACGUCCCUAGAGACCUCCUCGGGUUUAAGAAGAGGGAGCGAGCGGUUAAGGGACGAAGGGGUUGGUCGACGCCUCCUCUCUGCGGCACCCUCGUCGAUUUUCCUCUCUCGCUUCGUUACCUUCAUCUCGUUUCCGCGCUCUUCCAUCGCUAAUGCAUCGGUGUUCGGCUUCGAUAAAUCUCGAGCAGCGAGGUACCAUACUGCAGCUGGCCCUUUCUCUGUCUUCGUUUUCCGCCGCGGUUGCUCCCUUCGUAUUACCAUCCUCUUCGAUGAAAUAGUGACUAGACGUCGGAAAAGAAACUUCCUCCUUCGGCUCGAUCCUCUUGAGAAGCUGACGCGUAUUUCACCGCGAGAAGAAGCACGGAAACAUCGUUAGGAAAUCGUUAAUUAUGGUUCAUUGCUUUGUUUGAUUAUCGAUUAAGACACAUGUACAAAUAACCUAAAUGUAAUCUCAUUUUGGAACGAUAAAUUAAGAUUUUAGCGAUAGGUAAUAAUAGCAAGGAUUACGAGCAGUGAUCGCUGCCCAACUCUACCACCAAAUUUCGAGGUUUAUUCAUAUAAUUUCUAUAAAUUAUUCUUCCUUGUAAAUAACUCUCUACGUACGUGUUUAUUUCAGUGACUUUAAUAAAAAAUCGAUUUAACGACGAAACGGGUCAAUGUUCGAACGCUGUUGUCGAAAUUAAUAUUGGAUGUGAUAGAAUCGAAUCAAUUUUUGUAGACGGCACCGGCGCGAGUAACUGGCCUGAGUUUGAUAAUCGAUUCGCUGGAUGUAUCGAUUAGUGCCACACUUUCCGGAUAAGUCACAAGUAUUGAAUCCGUGAAGCGACGCGUACAUUUCCCGUGGAAAAUGUUCCAUGACUUGCGAUGUAAUUCGUGGCUCCUCCCUUGCCUUUUGAUUGCAUUUGUACUCGUUACAUUGUCAAAAUACACCGCUACAUCAAACCACACGUCGAAGCCUAAUUAAAUCUUCUUUGUUCGACGAUAGAGCGGUGAAAGGUUGGAUACGUUUUCUAUGGGCCGGGCUGACUCGAUCAGUUGAGUCGAUUUGUUCUUAACCCCAAGUGCCGGGCAUGAUGCAAAGUAUGUAUUCGUCGAGGUGCUCAAAAGUUCACGCUUCGAUUCACGUAUUCAUAAUUUAACAGCUCGACCUCGAUUUCCGUCUGACGAGUGUUGCAGGGUACUCGAAGUCACUCGUAACGACGAUCUCUCUGACUUGCCUACCCUCAGGGGCUGUAGCUAUAUGAUUGUAGCUACAGUACGGGAUUAGCAACCUCGAGGUACCCGAGCUAGAGGGGAGCCAGUGAGCCCCAACAUCAUCCCUAAUGGAGAUGUUAGAGAAUUGCGAAAAGAAACAUGUAAGCGAAGUAACGUAAAUGAAGAAUUAAAUGAACGUAAGGAACGAACAAACGCAAGACUGGUACAUAGUCGAGUUAUACGAUUUUUCAUUCUUGAAAAUAAAACUCACUCGCUCUCUCUGGCUUAUCCAAAUUAACCAUAGAAUGGAGCCAGGCGCUACGUCGCGAAAAACGACAUUACUUGCGAGAUGAUCGUACGAAAGUAAAGCUUAAUGUUAAUAAUGGAAGAAUAGGUAAACUGCAAGCACAAAAAUCAAGUCGUAGAGAUGCACGAGGUCUUCCGGGCUCACCUCGAAUCGGAUUCUAACCAGUAAAUCUACGUUCGCAACUACACGUGCCAUCUUUUGGAAUGGGGUAGUUCCUGAACGUCUCCGCAAGACCGGUGCAUUUCGAUUUGAAAGGGGAUACGCUCGGGCACGUUCCGUAUGGCAUUCACGGCGGGGCGAAACGAAGGCCGACUCGGGGCUUCCCCUGUCCGUAUAUUUCAACGUUCGAAUAGAAACUGUUCGGAGGAUCAGUUAUUGAUAUUUUCUGAAACGGCAGAUAAAACUUUUUCCCGUGCCGUCUAGCGCGAAGCUGUCGUAUAUCUUUCGUUUACCGACGCCUCCGGAGGACAGCAAUACCAUAAUCGAGAUAUGGAAACCGGGAUGGGUGGCGAGGGGGUGAGGAGGGAUGAUGUAUACUCGGUCUUCCGUUUCUCGCGGAUUAUUUCUACGCGAUAAUGUUCGGAAAGGAAAGAAGUCGGGUACUCUUAAGUGGGAACAUCACUGCGAUGGGUUAAAAACGUUAAAAACUGGCAAGAACAAUGAAGGCCGAAGAAUAUGUUAUUAAAACUUCAGUCGAGGUGUUCUCGAAACGACUUUUUUCAAACUGAUGCACGCUAUAAAGUUUGUAUAAAUACAGUUCAAUGUAUCCUUAAUAACAUAUUCCUCCUUUUAAUCAAAAGAUAAUUAGUUAAUUCAAAGAGAAGAAUUAUAAAAAUUAGCAAUUUAUCAACCCUUCUGAGCGGUGUUCCACCUUGAGAGGAAGGAUGAGCACAAAAUGAAACUCGGGGCGGACGUCUCUGAUUAUUUCAGAGAAUAAGACCGAUAACGUGAUCCCGUUUUAUAUCUUUACAAGUUCCUCUCUUUUCAGGGUCUAGACUUUCUUGACGUUCCCGUGAAACGAGACGCUUAACGUGAUUGCGUUGCAAUACGCCGAACGAGCAAAAACUUUUCGUCCCUACGAAUGGAAACGUACAAGAAAGAUGGAAUAAAUGAUAGGCCGUUAACGAUACGCCCGGGGUAUCCUUUUCGCCGUUCGUUUCGUUAGAGGCAAAGCAAAACAGGAUGGAUAUCUUUAUGCAACGGGCUUCGCCGUUUCUCCUUUUUAUUCGUGCGAUAGAUUAAUGAUUACGCUUAUCUUCGAGAAAAUCGAUGAAUACUACGAAUACUACGAAUACUCGAAGCUCCAUUUGGCUUUCAAAUAAAAAUUAAUGGCACAAGGAAGCGAAUGGCUGUCAAAUAUUAUUUAAAAAAAAAAAAGAAACAUUUAACACGUUGGUCGCUACGUCAUCCAAAUAUGGGUGACGGUACUUUUCAUUGAAAGAUUAAAAAAAUUCAUUCUAAACAUUAAGCAUCAAAGUGAAUUUGAACGAAUCACUCGAAUCUCGAUGAAGUUACAGAAAUAAAUACCGCGACAAGCGUUUGAUUAUGCAAAGGAACCUAUUCUUCCAACGAUGGAAAUCGAUGUUAUUUCGAAACGCAGGAAAUACAAAAGUUACAACAUACUCGAUACUCGAUUUCCCGAUAAUUACGUUAGAAAAAUGCGUUCAAGACGUAUUCGUGUACUUGGAUAGCUUCGUACGUGGCCCCUUUUAAUUAAAUUAGGCGUGCGUCGAUAAAGGUGAGCGCGUUCGAUGCUUCGAUACGUGGCCAAGGGUGGCGCCAACGUCGUUCCCACCCCUCGCGUCUCGCAACCAGCGCCGCUUCCCAUCGUUCGCGUUAGGUCCAUCGGGCCUGACGAGUCGCUAGUCGAGUUAGUACGACUCGUGACGUCGCGGAUCGUGGUUGCUUGGUACUUUGGUGUUCGCGGUGUUUCGUCGGCGAUGUGACCGGUCCGGAAAGUGACGUGCGCUUCUUCGUCUACCUUAACGUGCUCCAAAAGGCUAGUAGAUUAAUCGGUACGCCGGCUGUUCCGAAAUUGAAACGUAUCUGAACGUGAGUAAACGCGGAACCGUGUCGCGGCGUGCCCUGCGUCCUUCUAAGGAUUUCGAGUAGAUUCUGAACGUUUCGUUGUCCCGCGUAACAACGUUUCAUCGAUACUGGAUGCUCGUCGAUGUCGUUGCGACGUCUUAACUCUGGCGUCAAGGAAUCGUCGCUUCUGGCUUAUGGGUGGUUGGUAACCGUGAAUCAAGGGACGCGAUCGGUCGUGAUCGGUGUUUAUUCGAGUGAGGAUAUUGGCGUUAACGGCGCCAGUUGGGUCCUGGGGAGCCAACUAAUUAAUAGUCCGCGUUACGUUUGACGUGACUGUCAUUCGUCCGGAGUCGCUGGACGAAGGACGUGAGAGUUUUCGAAAACACGAUAAACGCGUGCCGAUUUACGAUCGACGCGCGCGCGCGAGUGAUCCGAGAGCGAUCGGUAAUUGGAGUGUGAAAGAAUUCACGUCGAUUCCUUACCGGCGAAAGUGAGCUACGUUUUGGAGUAGGAGCGGAGAGUGGUAUACGAUUGAAACGUAAACGCCAGGAGUAACCACAUCGGUGCGUGGCUCCGAUCGAGGACGCAAGGAAGAUCAGGAAAACAUGUCGAGGCUGCUGAAAGGCGAACCGACGGGCGGUUAUGUCAUUGACUCUGACGAGGAUCGUCGAAUGUAUUAACCGAUGACGCGUAGCGUGGUGUAAUAGAAGAGCGAAACGGUGGCGGAGGACUAGCACUGGACGCGCACGGGAAUUCAUCGAGGGAACGGAUCGUCUUCCGAUUUAGCCGUAGAAAGAAAAGCAGGCCAGGCGUCGUGCCUCCCACUGCCUACCGGAAGUCAUAUGCCCAUACACGCGCGGAAAACGGUAAAUCAUCCUAGAGGCGAACGCUUCUGACGAACGCACGCGUUUAUUUUACGUUGGAUCCCGAAGCACGCCCGCUCCUCCACCUCGAUUCGUUUUCUUUUGCUUGGUUCAUCUCGGUGCCUUGAUUCUUUCGUUUCUUCCCGAGAUCCAUCGACAAGCGUGGCGCUUGCGAGGAAAUCGAAAUGGUCGAGUUGUGCGGUAGCGGGCAACCGACUUCGGCGAUGGGUGUGAUGGGGAUCGGCUCGGUGGUGUCCGCGGCGACGUCGUCCUCCUCCUCGUCGACGUCGACCACGGCGGCGUCGUCCUCGGCAUCGGGGCGCGCCGGUGUCCUGGAAACGCAGGUACGCGGCCAGUGGUACCGCGUGUUCGUCUCGCUGGAGGACGAUUACCUCAGCAUCUCUCUGGACGAGAGUUGCGAGACUGGUAACAACGCUCUGAACAACGGCAACAUCAACAACAACAAUGUGGACAGCCUGAACGAUCCCGACGUGCCAGACUCUGUUGCUAACCAGAAGAGGAUCGUCCGCGUGGUGAAGAGCGACAAUAACGGGCUCGGCAUCUCGAUAAAGGGCGGCAAGGAGAACAAAAUGCCGAUCUUGAUCUCGAAGAUCUUCAAGGGGAUGGCCGCGGACGCCACCGAACAGCUGUACGUGGGUGACGCGAUCCUGGCUGUAAACGGAGAGGAUCUGCGCGAGGCGACCCAUGACGAGGCAGUGAAGGCCCUUAAGAGGGCUGGCAAGGUUGUCGAACUCGAAGUGAAAUAUCUGAGGGAGGUGACGCCGUACUUCAGGAAGGCUUCGAUCAUCCAGGAAGUCGGCUGGGAGCUGCAGCGCGGUUUCCUCAGCGCGACGCCUCCUCCGCCGAAGUCACCACCGCGAGCGGAUACUCGUUAUCUGCCGCUGCAACUCUGCAGACUCACCAGGGCUCAUCCUUCCUCCGAUACUGAGGGACGCAUCUUGGAACUACACUCCCCGGACGGUGUGCACGAAUGCUGGCUACGGGCUGCGGACAAUGCCGAGGCGAAUGUCUGGUUUAAUGCUCUUCACUCGGCGCUCGCCGCUCUCACCUUGAAGGCCCUGCGACUGGCUUCGGCGCUUCCGGAUCCGCCGCAGCUUCAGCACAUCGGCUGGCUCGCGAGGAGACACUGUCUUCAGAACGGACGUGCCAGCAGCGAAAGCAGCGAGGACGGGGCAGGUAGCAGCGCGAGCACUUCCAGAGGAGCUGGAAGCUUCGGCCUCGGUGGUGGCUGCACAGGGGGAUGGCGCAGCGUGUUCGGGGCGGUUUCAGGACGAGAACUGAGGCUCUACGAAUGCGCACCCUGGAGUCCAGAGGCUUGGGCCUCUCCCAGCAUCACGUGUCCUCUUAUCGCCACCAGAUUGGUCUCGUCGCCGACAAGAUCGAACGAGGCGGCGAGCAGCAGUAGCGGCGCGGCGCAGCACGCCGCGACGUUCGCGGUGCGGGUGGGCACGAUCGACGGGGUCGUAACGCAUCAUCUUCGAGCAGAGACGAGGAGGGACUUGGCGGCCUGGGCCAGAGCGAUCGUUCAGGGCUGUCACGCGGCUGCUCACUCCUUGCGCGAAUACACCGUUCGCUGCACGUGGCAAGGAAAGGCUUGCCAGCUGGUCGUCAACCACGAGGACGGUUUCGCGUUGUACGCGGCCGGCACAAGGGGCGUAGGCGGAAACGGCGUUAGUCCUGGCUCACCCCCUGCACCCUUAUGGAGAAGAUCCUUCGACAAACUGAGAAUGUCCGCCGACGAUGGGGCGCGACUGCUGUGGCUCGACUUCGGCGGAGAGGAUGGAGAGAUUGAGCUGGACCUCGAGAGCUGUCCAAAGCCGAUCGUGUUCGUUCUGCACAACUUCCUCUCCGCGAAGAUCCACCGGUUGGGGCUGAGCGCAUAGGGGUACGAGGGGGCCCCGACAGAGGCCCCCGACCUGCCGCCCCACACGACCAGGUCCGUCACCAGCGUCUUCCUCCACUGAGCCCGAUCCGUUCGGAGAAGAAGCGGGCAGCGGAUGGCAGGCAGUAGAGAGCAACGAAGACCAGAGACACUCGACGGGUCCGUGAAGAUGCGUGUUCGAGUUUACCGCCGGAAGGGAGGCUCGCGUAGAUCCACGCUCUUCCACGUUUCCAGCCAGGCCUCGAUGGUGUUCUCGAUGCUGGCGGUGGGGCGAUUCGGUCGGUCUCACCCAGCGAACUUGACGGGAGAGAAAGAGACUCUUUUUACGCGUAAUGAAAGAAAGUAUACCUAGGCGACGAGGAACGUCGACGAUCGGCCAGGAUCGUCGACUCGAAGCCAUCCACCGCGGUCGCAAUUUAUCGAGGAAAGUACAUCCAGUAGGCUAGGCGUCCGCCGGGAUACUGGGUCGGGGCUGGUGGGAAUCGUAACUAAUCAACGCGCCUAAGUAACCAAUUUAAACAAAAAUAACAAAUAACAAAUAAAAACUAUCUACCUAACGCUAAGUAUGAAAUAACACGACCGGUGGGAGGAGGGGAGAGAGGACUGAGUAGAGAACGAGAGUCCAGCCGGUCGACGAGAAACGUUCUCCGGAUCGAGAACGCUCGAACGCGGAGACCGACUAGAAGAAGCUAAUCAAUUACUGUCCAACCGCGCGCUGCCCGUUGGUUAUUUUGCGCUCCUGCUUCCUCCCUUGUCCAUCGAGCAGAGAAAGGAAAGCUAGGGAAGGUAGAAUCGACGGAACGAAGGAAACUCGCGGAAAUCGAAGGUCUGAGCAUCGCCGAGUGUUGGACCUCUGGAAGGAGAGGAAUUCCAAUGCAACGAAAAUAAAUUCCCGAAAUCGGAUAUUUCGCGUGCAACAACCCACUAUAAAAUUACAAUUUAAUUCCUACGAUCGGAUUGCAAGGCUGCGAGAUUUAUCAUUUUUUUAACGCAAGUAUUAACCACGCGUCGUUCCGUCGCGAACAGUCUGGCGAUGAUUACCGCGAGCUUCUCUGGACUCUUUCGAGCGAGAUCCGCAGCUUCGACAAGGGAGACGAGUUAAGGGUCUCCCAGAAGAAGGAACUUGGGAUAGUUACGGCGGAGACCAGCGAAGUCGAACGAACGAGGUAACGAUCGCCCGAUUUCGUCGAGAUAUCGUUCGAAGGGGAUCGCGACAGAGUCGAAGACGAAGGACUCCGUUAUCCUCCGACGGUAGACCAACGGGCGGACGUUAAUAGUUGUUUUGUACGAUUCGUAUUCUUAACGCGGGCAAUAGUGGACACCGGUAGAGAGGGAGGUCUGUCCAUCCAAAGCUAGCCGAGAGUGGAAACCCGAAUCGAGCCCCGAAAACUGGCUGGAACGCAUUUUCGGGACGCUCAGGGUAUCGCAAAGUAGAAAAACCUGUAAAUGAGCGAACACGUCGGGACGAAUUAAUUUAACUCUUCCGCACGAUUUAAUCGACAGAGAGAGAAGGAGAUACAGAGGCCGGGAACGCCGCGAAAGGAACGGCCGGGAGCGCGCGUUACACGCAUUCACGCACACACGCCUAGAGAAACGAAAAGCAACGUCAUUAAGCGCGGGAUAAGUACGGAACAUCGACGAUUCAGUUGGAAGGAUUUGCGCGUAAACUGUGUAUUUUUCUAAUGAUUUAGGACGUUCGGCCGGUCGCGGCUCGACGAACGCGCCGUUCUUUUUUUCCCGUGUUACGGGACACGCAGUCCUCUUACGUUAUCAUUUUCUCUAGGUUUAAGAGACGUUAACGUGUAUAUCUAUGAGUUACCAAAUAAAUGAAAGCGGUUAGAAAAAAAA